AUGACUAAGGAAAUCUCGGACAGUGUGGGAUAUGUCAAUGACUCUGCGGAACUUUGGAAGGUACUGGAGGAUAGGUAUGAUCAUGCUAAUGGAUUAAAAAUAUAUGAAAUACAGAAAGAAAUUAACAAUCUCACACAAGGAAUCUUGGAUAUCACUGCCUACUACACAAGGAUGAAGAAGUUAGGGGAAGAAUUGAGCACUUUGAAUCUGAGAAGUCAGUGCGAUAGCUUGUGCAUUAGUGGUGCUGAGGAUAUUAUAAACAAAGCAGAACAGGAUAGACUCUUGAUCCAAUUUCUCAUCGGAUUGAAUGAAGUGUACUCCGCCGUGAGGGGCAAUAUCCUCACGAUGAAUCCACUCCCUUCCAUGGCACAGGCUUUCUCCAUACUGAUCCAGGAGGAGAAACAAAAUGAUCCUGACUCUGCUUCUGAUUUGAAUGAUGGAAAAAUUGUUGAUAUCCAUUCUGUGAACGAACUAGAGACGAAGUUAAAUGCUGCUUCAGAAGCAUCAUGUCUAGCUAUCCUUUACUUUACUGUAACAUGGUGUGGCCCUUGUCGUUAUUUCUCUCCAUUUUAUACAAACCUACCCGGAACAUAUCCAAAAGUUACAUUUUUGAAGGCUGAUGUUGAUGAGGCGAGAGACGUGGCUUCAAGAUGGAACGUAAGUUUCGUUCCAUCUUUCUUUUUCAUAAAAUAUGGCAAGCAGGUUGACAAGGUUGUGAGUACUGACAAGAAUUCCCUGGAAAAGAAGAUCACCCAAUAUGCAGGCUAA